CAUGAAUUUUAAAUCUACAGUGAUUGGUGCAGGACCUGCAGGUAUCAUAACAGUGUGUUAAUUGCUUAAAAACAACUUGACUCCGAUUGCUUGGGUGGAUCCAAACUUUGAUUGUGGUGCAUUGAACUAAUUUACUCACAUACCAUCUAACACAAAAGUAAAUUUAAACAAAAUAAUUAGAUUCAACUAUUCCUAAACACAUUAAAGAAUAUGGGAUGGGUUGAGAAUCAUAAAGAAGUAGAAGACCCUACAGAAGUAUAGAAUUUUUAAUAAUUUUAGGUAUUCAAAAAUUUUGACCCAAAUACUACUUGCGAGCUUGGUCUUUCCUAUGAAAUGUUUAAGAAAGUGAUGGUGAUAUUGGAUCAAACAUGCAAAGGUUUAAUAAUGAAGAUGGAAAGUGUAGUAGAAAAAAUUGAGAACUUAGGGCACACUAAUAAAAUUACAUUAAAAAAUAAUUGUUAGGUAUUAAUAAUGACGAUUAUUUUAUUAGUUCGAAAGUGAAUAUGUCUUUCAUUGUACUGGUUCUAAAAGAAAUACAAUAGACUCAGUAGAUGCAUCACUCUACAAAGUUUAUCCUCAUCUUAAAGAAAUAGAUCUAUAUGAGGCUAUGAGUCCAGAAGAUGUUCAUUAACAUAUAACAAAUGAUGAUACAGUUUGUAUAUUUGGAAAUAGUCAUUCUGGAAUCUUGGCUGCCAUGAAUAUUUACAAUUCACCAAAUAGACCAAAACAUAUUUACAUUUUCCAAAGAAGACCUAUUAUUUUAGCUGAAUAUUUACCAGAUGGAAAAAUAGUGAAUGAUUCAACAGGAUUAAAAGGAAGAGUAGCUGAUUGGGCUAGAAAUAUUUUAAUUGGAGAAAAACCAAAGUGUAUUUCAGAAAUAGACUCAGCUGAAUAUAAGAAUUAUAUGUAACAAUGUACUAAAGUUAUUGUUGCAACAGGAUUCUAAAGAAAUACAUUACCUAUAAUAACUAUAGAUGAAAUGGAAUUGAUCGAUAAUAAGAUUAAUUAUGAUGAUGAAAAUAUGAAUUUAGUAUAUGGAGGAAGAGAGAUAUCUAAUAAUUUUGGUUUUGGAAUUGCAUUUCCAUAAAAAAUACUUGAUGCUAAUGGAACAUAUCAACAUGGAGUCGGUUUCUAUAAAUUUAUGCUCACUAUUACUAAAGUGAUUACAAAAUUAUAGAGUUGA